AUGUACACGAUAGCCAUCUUGGGGAACUUCACCAUCCUAUUCAUUGUGAAGAGGGAGCCGAGCCUCCAUGGGCCUAUGUACUAUUUCCUCUGCAUGCUGGCCAUCAGCGACCUGGUCCUGUCUACAUCCAUCCUACCCAAAACACUGAGCAUCUUCUGGUUGAAUUCCAGAGAGAUAGAUUUCAGUGCCUGCCUCACCCAGGUGUACUUCAUUCAGUGCUUCUCAGUGAUAGAGUCUGGGAUCUUCGUGGCCAUGGCUUUGGAUCGCUACAUGGCCAUCUGCCACCCCCUGAGACAUUCCACCAUCCUGACAAACCCCGUGGUGGCCAAGAUUGGUCUGGCUCUGGUGCUGUGUGGCAGCAUAGUCAGACUGCCCUUUCUCCUCCUGGCAAGGCGGUGGCCAUAUUGCAGGACCAACAUCAUCCCCCACACAUACUGUGACCAUAUAGCUGUGGUGAAGCUGGCCUGCAACAAUACCCACAUCAGUAGAUACUACGGCCUCUUUGUGGUAUUCUUUGUGACUGGUCUGGAUGUGCUUUUUAUUGCUGUGUCCUACACCCAGAUCCUCAGAGCCAUCUUCAGCCUCCCCACAAAGGACGCCCGGCUCAAAACUUUUGGGACCUGCAGCUCCCACCUCUGUGUCAUCUUAGCCUUUUACAUCCCCGCUCUCUUCUCCUUCCUCACGCAGCGGUUUGGCCACAAUGUGCCCCUGCAUUUCCAUGUUCUCAUGCCAACAUAUAUCUCCUGGUGCCCCCCAUGCUAA